UCAGAAUGUCACGUGACAGGAUAUGUCCUUACUCACAGUACAUCAGCACUUUGACAGGGAGAAGGAUCUGUCACUAUCCUCACUCAGAAGGAUUUUACACAGUACUUUUGGUAGAGGAAUGGAAGGAAAAUAAAAUUUGCAAUGACUCUUGCCAGAUUCCUGGUUUUCCUUUGCCUUGUGCGUGGUACAUUGCAGUCACUGGAUGAUACAGAGAGAUUUUGGACAGAAGAUGUUUCAACUGGUGUUUGCUAUCAAAUAAACUCAGAAUCAGCUCAAACAUGGCAUCAAGCAAGGAAAAGCUGUAAGGAGCAAAAUGCAGAACUAUUAAGCAUCACAGAGAUACAUGAGCAAGCAUAUGUAGGAGAGCUAAUUAAAAAAUUCAGUUUUCCAUUCUGGAUUGGAUUGAACACUUUGAAUUUCAACAACGGAUGGCAAUGGGCUGGGGGCAGUCCUUUCAGAUAUUUAAACUGGGCUCCAGGAAGUCCUUUCCCAGCUCCUGGGAAAAUCUGUGGCACAAUGAAUCCCAGACAGGAUGUUAAAUGGGAAAACCAAGCAUGCAACCAGAGAUUUGGCUACAUCUGUAAAAAGAGAAAAAUCGAUUCAAAAUUUGACAAUAUAACCAAAGAGGAAAUGAGACCUAUUAAAUGCACAGAAGGUUGGUGGCCAUAUGCAGGCCGCUGCUACAGCAUUCAGAGAGAAUCCAAAGCGUGGAAGGAUGCUCUGACUUCAUGUGAGAGGCAGGAUGGAGACUUGGCGAGUGUCCACAGUAUUGCUGAGUACAGCUUUCUAGUGUCACAGCUUGGUUACAAGCCAACAGAAGAGCUAUGGCUGGGCCUAAAUGACCUAAAGGCUCAUUUCUACUUUGAGUGGAGCGAUGGGACCCCUGUGACAUUCACCACAUGGCAGCACAGGCAUCCCACCUACAGGAAUGGUCUAGAGGACUGCGUUGUUAUGAAGGGUCAGGAUGGGUACUGGGCAACUGACGUUUGUGAUAAGCAACUUGGUUACAUCUGUAAAAAGAAGCCUUCAUCGCAGUCUCCUGAAGAAAAGAUCAAGGACCCAGGCUGCCAGGAAGGUUGGAAAAGAUAUGGUUUUCACUGUUAUUUGGUGGGUUCUGCACUUGUAACAUUCUCAGAUGCAAAUAAGACAUGUGAACAAGGCAAAGCUUAUCUAGCUACAGUGGAAACCAGGAAUGAGCAGGCGUUCCUGAUUAGUCUGACUGGGCUGAGAUCUGAAAAGUAUUUCUGGCUCGGUCUCUCUGACAAAGAAGAACAAGGGAUGUUCAGGUGGACCAGUGGUGAAACUCCUUCCUUCACACACUGGAACUCAGCAAUGCCAGGAAAAGAGCAAGGCUGUGUCGCCAUGGGAACUGGAGCUGAUGCUGGAUUAUGGGAUGUCAUUAGCUGCCAGGAGACAGUAAAUUUCCUUUGCAAGCAGUGGGCACUGGAAACACCACCGCCAGCUCCUUCUGCCCAGGUCCCUGCAGCCACCUGUGCCCAGGGCUGGGACGGAGCCCUGCAGGCAGACUCCUGCUUCAAGUUCUUUGUGAGGGACAGAAACCUAAAGAAGAAUUGGUUUGAAGCUGAAGAAUUCUGUAGAGAAAUGGGAGGAAAUUUGGUCACAAUCAAUUCAAGAGAAGAUCAAGUUUUAAUAUGGCAGUUAGCAUUGGAAAAAGGACUGCAAACUCAGGGUUUCUGGAUGGGUUUGUUUCUCUUAAAUCCUGAUGAUGGUUUUUCCUGGAUUGACGGUUCUCCUGUAAUUUAUCAGAACUGGGAUGAAGAUGAACCUAACAAUGAUAAAGGAAUUGAACAUUGUGCUGUGUUCCAGCUGCGCUGGAAUGACUUUUACUGUGAACAUUUGCUUAAUUGGAUUUGUGAAACUAAGAAAGGUACACUGCUAAAACCUGAACCAAACAACAAACAUGAAUAUCAAGCUAUACAAAGUGCUGAUGGGUGGAUUACAUACGAAGAUAAGCAGUACUAUUAGCGAGAACGUGUCCCUAUGGAAGAAGCAUGGAGAAUUUGCCAGAGGAACUUUGCAGAUCUCGUUGUCAUUGAGAAUGAAAAUGAAAGAAAAUUUAUAUGGAAAUAUAUUAACAGAGAACUGAGUGGUAUGUUUCUCCAAGAGAAAUCAUAUUUUAUUGGCUUAUUUGUCAGUUCUGAUCAGAAACUCAGCUGGCUGGGUAAGACCCCAGUGAACUAUGUUGCCUGGGCUCCAGGUGAACCCAGUUUUGCAAAUAAUGAUGAAAACUGUGUGGUAAUGAGAAACGAUUUUGUGACUGCAUUUCUUUUAUUUGCUGGCUUUUGGAAACAUAUAAACUGUGGUUUGAAAAAUAAGUUCAUCUGUGAAAGGCACAAUUCCACUUACUCAGGAUUUGCUCCUACUGUACUUCUACCUCUGGGAGGAUGUCCUGAAACGUGGAUUUUGUUUCAAAAUAAGUGUUAUAAAAUAGUUGGGUCCAGAGAAGAAGAGAGACUGACUUGGUACUCCGCAAGAAGUGCUCGUAUAGAACUAGGCGGAAGUUUGGCCUCUAUACACGAUGCUCAAGUGCAAGCAUUCCUCACUUUCCAUCUAAAGGAUGUCGCCGAUGAGACUUGGAUAGGAUUAAAUGACAUUAAUUCUGACCAUUCAUACGUUUGGACAGAUGGGAGCCCUUUUGAUUAUUCAUGCUGGGCAAUAGGAUUCCCUUGGGAAUUGGACAAAUACAUUAGAUUAGACUGGAAGUACGAGACACUACAGGCUGACUGUAUUGCAAUGAUGAUAAGAUCUGUAAAUGAAGCAGGACAGUGGGAAAACACAGACUGCUGUCACAACAAAAGCUAUAUUUGCCAGAUAGACAGCAAUAAGUUCUGUUUUUCACACUCUUUGUUGGAAGACUGGUACUGGUGGGAGACAUAUCCAAAGAACAGCUACACUGCAGAGUCUGCAGGAAGAGAAACAGGAACUUCUGGAAAAACUAUAUUAAAAAGUAUGUUUCAAUUCCAGAGUUAUGGGUACUACAGAUGGAGCGAUAGAAGGAAAACUGAUUUUUCUAAUUGGCACUAUGAAGAACCAAAAGAGAAAAUAGCAUGUGUCUUCCUAGAGCUCAGUGGGAAAUGGAAAACAGCACCUUGUAAUGAAAAACACUUUCCUGUCUGCAGAAAAUCUGAGGAUAUACUUCCUUCUGAUCCUCCACAGGAUAUUGGAAGAUGUCCUCAGUCAGGUCACAUAGCUUGGAUUCCUUUCUGAAGCCACUGCUAUUAUUUCAAUGCCAAUGAAAUGAGCUGGGCUCAGUCUGUGACUCAAUGUGUUCAGUCAGGUGGAAUGCUGACCUCUGUAAAAGACUUGGCUGAAUCUAACUUCCUAGCAGAACAUGCAGACUUGCACACAAGCAAGACAAGUGGCUUUUGGAUAGGAAUAUACAGAAAUAUAAAAGGGCAGCUGCUCUGGCAAGACAACAGUGCACUGGACUUUGUCAACUGGGGUGAAGCAGAGCCCUUGGAAGAACAGCAUGAGUAUGAGUACUGCGUGCAGCUCUCUGCCUCCUCUGGGUCCUGGAAUAGCAUCCCUUGCUCCUCCAAAAAGGGGUUUAUCUGUAAGACAUGAAAGACUAUUCCUCAAGGAGUUGCAAAUGUGAAAGAUGGCCAAAAGAACAAAGUACAUGAUCAGAGCACUGUUUGGAUACUGCUUAUUCUGGUCCUCAUCAUUUUAGUAGCCACGGGCUUCAUGGUUUAUUUCUUCUUCAAGAUCAAAAUCCAAAGUGAUACUGAACACACAGUUGGGCAGCACAGCAUGCUGCUAGAGUACAGCAGUGCCCUGGCCAGAGGGAACGAUGAAAAUGAUCCUGCCAGCAGCGAAGGAGGAAGUGAACACAGUGCUGUGUAAUGUGAUAACACAGCUAAUCUAUAUGUCCCAGCUUAAAAAGUAAUCUAUCUAGAACUAAUAAAUCUUAGUAAAAAUUACAUGCACCAACAUACAUUAUCAACUAAAGUAGCAAUUAUUCUUUUGGUAUGGGUUAAGCACUAUAGGGGUACGCAUCUGUAAGUGAGAUAUUUGUCCUUCAUUCAUGGCUUCAGCUUAGAUUAGUCAUACUCUUCAACUUUGAAUAUUUUGCAUCAACUAUGAGACUAUAAAGGAUCUGUGUAUCCAUAAAUAAAGGAUCUAUACCUUA